CCGCUUCUCUUUUAUAUUGGUUUCUGCAUAAAACGCCAUGUCCUACGUUACGGCCGACAAGGCCGAAAGCGAGCUUGCAGCAAGUAUUAAAAAGGCAACAAGUCCAGAAGAAACAGCACCGAAGCAAAAGCACGUUCGAAAAUGCAUUGUCUACACAUGGGAUCAUCGCACUUCGGCCAUUAUUUGGAGCAUUUUAAAAGUACAGCCUAUUCUUUCCGACGAGGUGCAGACAUUCAAAGCACUCAUUACGGUGCACAAGAUCAUUAAGGACGGACACCCAAAGGCUAUCAAAGACGCAUUGCAUGAAACGGGUUGGCUGCAAACUGUGGCGCGUAGCGUGUCCGCCGACGGAGUCCGUGGAUAUGGCGGGCUGAUCCGCAGUUACGUCGACCUUCUUUUGCACAAACUAUCCUACCACAGGGACCAUCCGGAGUUCAAUGGAACCUUUGACUAUGACGAAUACGUCAGUUUGAAAAACAUCAAUGAUCCCAACGAAGGUUUCGAGACUAUUAGCGACCUGAUGGGAUUACAGGAUCAUAUCAACCAGUUUCAGAAAUCUGUUUUUGCUAGUCUGGGUCAGACUUAUAACAACGAAUGCAGGAUUGCAGCACUGGUACCACUUGUUGAGGAAAGCUAUGGUAUUUACAAAUUCUUGACAAGCAUGCUGCGAGCAAUGCACAAAGCUACGGGAGCCGUCGAUGCGCUCCAGCCGUUACGACAGCGUUUCAAUGGACAACACUAUAAUCUGCGCGAAUUUUACUAUGAAUGUGCCAGUCUCAAAUAUCUGACUAGCUUGAUCAGCGUCCCCAAACUAUCACCCGAUCCGCCGUCGUUAAUAGAAGUGAGCACUCCUCCACUCCCAAAGCGACCCCACAAUCAGCCCGCUGAAGAAGCACCUCCAGCUCAACCGUCACCUGAGCCAGUCAUUGAUUUCUGGUCACAACAACAAGCUGAAGAGCAGCGCAAAUAUGAACAAGAGCAACAACGACUCGCCAAACAGCGUGCGGAAGAGGAGGAAAGAGCAAAACAGCAAAAGCUACAACAACAGCGUCAGUUCGAAGAGCAGCAGCGAUUACUUGCAGAACGUGAGCGACAACAACAGCAGGAAUUGUUGCGGCAGCAGAUGCAAGGACAACAGGCAGGUCGAAUCAAUGAUUUGGAAAUGCAGCUACUGAAUAUGCGCAAUCAGCUCGAGCGCGAUCAAAUGUUGCUGCAGCAAUACGAUCAGCGAGUCAAAGCUCUUGAACAUGAACUUGGUCAAGUGAACGAGCAUACAAAGCAGCGAGAUGCAUCCAAGGAUGAAAUGAUCCGCACUCUACAAAAUGAAAUACAAAUGUGGAAAAACAAGUAUGAAGCACUGGCAAAACUAUAUAGCCAAUUGCGAAAGGAGCAUAUCGAGCUACUGAACAAGUACAAGCAGCUGCAGGUGAAAGCAAACAAUGUGAACGAGGCUACCGAGAAAUUGGAGAGAAUGCAGUCCGAUAUGCGAGCAAAAAAUGUCGAACUUGCUGAUCUCAUCCGUGAGCGCGACCGCGCACGAAAUGAGCUGGCUAGGAUCCAUGGGUCGCAAAAGGAUGAAACGGAAAGACUCAGGAAGGAACUGGAAGCAUCCCGAUCCCAGAUGCAAGACCUUGGAAAGUCUAAAGGAGCAGAAGUUAGCGCCCUUUUGAGUAAAUUCAACAAGGAGAAGAGCGAACUUGAAGCGAGCUUAACCGAAAAGCAAGCUUUGAUCGAUGAGUUUCUCAAACAAAUCGAAGAUCAGCAAGGAAAUGCGGAUCAUAUUCGUCGGGAAAAAGACGAAGAAAUUGCUGUACUUCAAGCUGGGAUGGAUGAAUGCUUACAGCAGCUUAAUGAAUUGCAAAAUAAAAACAAUAGCGACGAGCUACAAGAGGAUUUGGAUCGGCUUAAGCGGGAGCAAGCAUCAAAACUGGAUCAGAUUCUUGAUACUAUUUUGGCAACAUGUGUACAAAAGAUCAACGACGGUGUGUAUGAGUUGGAAUCACCCGGACAGCAUGGAAACGAUAACGCUACACCUGAGCUUACAUUAUCCAUGAUUGAACGUGCGAGCAUCAUGUCGGUGGAGUUCAUGUCAGCAUUCAGCAAAUUUUUGGAUGGCAGUGAUACAGGUGAUCACAGUAACACUAUUACACGUGCUCUCGACUUUUCAGAUACUAUUGUGGAUGUACUGCUGCAUGCAAAAGGCAUCACCCGCCUCGUUCCCAAGGAUAGCGAUGUGGAUGAGAUUACGGACCUUGCAAAGAAAUGCGCGGAAGCCGGCAUUCAAUUUUUCAGCAGCGUCAUGUCUCACUAUCUCAAAAUGCAGCCAUUCGCCCAGCGUCCCGAAAUUAUCAUCCAGGGCGACAUGCGCACACAGGACGCGCUCACUCACUUGUCUCAAAAAACCGAAAAUUUGAUUUUGAGCGGUACGACAAAGGAUAUCAAUGCGCUCGCCGAAGGCGAAGUAGGAGAUCUCGUCGAGAAAGAAAUGUCUAAUGCAACGCGUGCGAUCGAGGAAGCCACUGCAAAGAUCCAGGAUUUGAUGCGCCAACCAGCGAAUCCAGAGUUUUCUGCCACCGAUCUCCAAGUACACCAGUUAAUUUUGAAUUCUGUACUAGCACUCACAAAUGCUAUCGGCAACCUCAUCAAGUGUGCGGCGGCUUCGCAGCAAGAAAUCGUUGCUCAAGGACGAGGGUCGUCUUCCAAGGCUGCCUUUUACAAGAAGCAUAAUCGAUGGACUGAGGGAUUGAUUUCUGCUGCUAAGGCGGUGGGUAUGGCAACAAACAUGUUGGUGGAAGCAGCCGAUGGUGUGAUUAGUCAGACACACUCUUUUGAGCAGCUGAUUGUGGCAUCCAAUGAAGUAUCGGCCGCAACGGCCCAGUUGGUAUCGGCAUCGCGUGUCAAGUCGACAUUCAUGUCACGUACACAAGAGCGCUUAGAAAUUGCAGCAAAGGCGGUAAAGGAUGCGGCUAACGAACUGGUGAAGCAGGUCAAACAGCUUGUUGCCCACAAGACUUCAGAUGAGGACUUGCAUAUUGACUUCAACAAGCUGUCUGUGCAUGACUUCAAGCGUCGUGAAAUGGAGCAACAAGUGAAAAUUCUGAAACUCGAUUCGGAGCUGGUCAAUGCUCGUCGUAUACUGGCAGAAAUGCGACGAAGCGGAUAUCAUACGGAAGAAACCGACUAAAAGGCAGCAAGUUUGGAGGUGAAUUUUUGCGCUGGCCCACAUAUGAUUUUGAUUUUUUUCUACCGACUUAUGUAUAUGAUUAAUACAUAUAUCAC